AUGACCUCGAUGUCAGACAUACCGACCAGUCAGAUGAGUUCUAGAAUUUCUACUGGAAACUCUCGCACUUCCAGUGCGUUUGUGGUAGAGGAAACUCUGAGUAAGAACAAACUAAUGAAACGCCAGUUAGCCGAGUUCCAGGAAAAGUCUGAAUCGGGGGCCAGUAAUUUCUCAAAGGACACUCUACACUACUGGUUGAAAUUAUUAACCGAGAAGCCGGAAGUCUCGUAUCAAAACAAAUUCAUUAAUUCCCUUUCUCAACUCCGGAAGUUAGUUGAGUGGAUUACUAGCCGCUAUAAGAAUUCUAAAAAACGCGACCGCGAUGGAAAAGAUUUUGAAAUGAUAAGAUAUUUCGAGUGGUUUUUCGGUUAUAUUCAAUAUCUAAGGGAAUUAUAUCAAGAAUUCCAUAAUCGUAUUUACGAACCUCUUUUUGAUUAUUUCUAUGACGACGAAGAUGAUGUCAGAGACGAUGACGAUGACGGAAAGGUGACGCCAGGAAAUGGGAGCCGAGACAGCGGAAUUGGAAAUGAGACAGGCAGACUUGAUAGCGCAUUUUUGCAACCCAGUGUCACCAAAGUGCUGGUUGAACUCUCGCGUGAAUUUAGUGACAUUGAUUUCAAGCUUGAUAACAAGGAUUUACACAAUACCGCCAGAAAACUGUACGAGCUUAUCAAACAUUGGCGACAACUCAUAGAAAACGAUUCGGACAUAGACCCCAAACUUUAUGGCAAAGAAAGCCUUGAAGAAGUGGCUGAAUACACGAACAUCGGAAACUUCCGACAGUUUCUCAGGCUUAUACCGGACGUUUUAUUGAAAACCAAGAAAGCGGUGAGUCUUGCGGAACACUGGAUGGAGAUUGACGAAAAGAAAUUGAAAGAAAUCGACACACAACUAGGCAUGGUAGAGGAAAUCCAGACCCGAAUGGAAUUACGGGUAAUCGAAGUACUCAGGAAAAUACAACAACAUGAGGGCGAGUUCAACGUAAAGAGUGACGAAUUACAAAUGUUACUCAUGAGAGAGGACCGUUCAAAUGAGCUCAAUGUCAAGUUGUCUUUCAUACAGGGUGACAUCAAUAUACUGCAAAAAAGACUCGACAAAGCCUGCGACGAAGGUAGGGAAAUCAUAGAUAAAAUAGAAGAACUGAAACGAACAAAACAAGAAGACAGCGACGAGUAUGGGGACUAUACAAAUAGAUACGACGACAAUAAAAGGUAUACGUUCGAAUUAGUCAAGAGCAUUGAAAUGGAAGAGUAUAAAUACAGAUUGGUAGAGGAAGACAUGUUCGUGGAACUCGAGGUAAAACCGAGUAUGGUACGAUAUACAAACCAAGUAGAGGAGGACUGUGAGAGAAUCGAGAAGUGGCUGGAAGACGAGAAAAGACAAAAGCGUAAACUCGAGCACGCGCUGAAACCUUUAAGUUUCAAAACCGGACGUGACGUCAGUGAAUUACUCAACCUAUGCAUGCAUCAGUCCGUAACACCCGCAUCCACUGACAUCAUGGCAUCGUCAGCUGCUUCCCUUCAUAAACUACUCAACAGUGGCAAAGGAAAGGGGCUGGCGAGCGUGAAUGAGGAUGACGAGCCAGAGCUGACACAUGGGGGCGCUGUCACACGAACGCUUGAAAGAAAAGCAUAUCGCCCAACACAAGAUUAUGCCAUUGAAGUGCCCGACAAAAACAGCUAUGGUAAUGACGUUGAUUAUACCAGGCGAACGACAGUGAAAAUCACGGAUGAGAAUGACAACGAAAAAGAGAAUGAAAUGGAAGGAGUGCUUUCUUCUCCGACGAAAUCAAAAGUGACGAAAAGUCGACUUCCUGUUCCGGUGAAGCGAAACCCAAAGCACUUAAAGGGAAACGGCGAUAAAAGUAAAAACGGCGAUGGACAAAAAGAUAGCAAAAGUAAAAAGAAGGAAGGGCCCACAAAACAAAGUGUAGCAACUAGAAAAAAGGCGCCCACAAAAAACGUUGCAAAGAAACCAAUAGUGAAACCUCCGCCACCCGCAAACACUGUAAAAAACAAUGACUCUAAAAAACAAUCGCAACUAGUGAAGCCUCCGCCGCCUCCAGGAAAGAAACAACCAGGAGUCGAAUUACCGUGGUAUCGGCGGAAAAAUGUCUUCCAGAGGAACAAUAACGGAAACGACGAUGACGUCAUAAACAGUCGAGAAAAUUUGGAACAUAUGUACCGAAAUGCAGCAGCCCGACAAAAUGCUCCUCCUGUGCCAGACGGUGUGAGUGGUCGAAAUCUGAGACUACAGCGGAGAGAGACGUCUAAAAAAGAUCGUACUACAGGGUUGGGUUAUUUGUAG